AGUGGAGCUGGGGCGGCCGCAGGCGGUGAGCGAGCGCUGCGCUCGGGCGCCGUUCUGAGAGGUGGCCGUUCGCGGGCGGGGUUGCGGACGCCGAACUCGCCGUCGCGUUUGGGCCCAGGGCACGGCUGAGGCCUGGGACACGCGCCUCCCAACGGCCCCGCACCGCCGUGCCCGGCGCUACCCGCGGACAGGGCCGGAGCGCCCCGCACAGCCGGCGUCUGUGUUGAUCUUAAACGUUUCCAUUUCAAGAGUCUGGUGGCCAUGACAGUUUUUGCCUUCCCGUCUUCGCCUAGUGACUCGUGACUCGUCGCCAAUCACGGCGGAAUCCAUCAAGCCCACGCUCUGCAGGGUUGUCAUCUACCUACAGAAGGAGAUGUCGGGGGACACGUGUCUAACCACCACCCUUUGUCCAGCUGCAGGACCCAAGCCUAAAACUUGCAGCUUCAAAGUUGGCAGCCUUGGUAACAAGUAUGUGCGACUAAACGUUGGGGGCUCCUUGUAUUACACUACAGUGCAAGUCCUCACCAGGCAUGACACAAUGUUGAAGGCAAUGUUCAGCGGUAGAAUGGAAGUUCUCACAGAUAAGGAAGGCUGGAUCCUUAUAGACCGUUGUGGGAAGCACUUUGGAACCAUUUUAAACUAUCUCCGAGAUGACACAAUUGCACUUCCAAAACACAGACAGGAGAUCAAAGAGUUGAUGGCAGAAGCCAAGUAUUAUCUCAUUCAGGGCUUAGUUGAUAUGUGCCAAGCAGCUCUGCAGGACAAGAAAGACUUGUAUGAACCUGUCUGUAACAUCCCUAUUAUCACAUCUCCUAAAGAAGAAGAAAGACUGAUAGAAUCAUCGAUGAAACCUGUUGUUAAGCUGCUGUAUAAUAGAAGCAACAACAAAUAUUCUUACACCAGUAAUUCAGAUGACAACUUACUGAAGAACAUAGAACUGUUUGACAAACUCUCUCUCCGAUUCAAUGGCAGAGUUCUUUUCAUUAAGGAUGUUAUAGGGGAUGAAAUCUGCUGCUGGUCUUUCUACGGACAGGGUCGGAAACUUGCUGAAGUCUGUUGUACCUCUAUAGUGUAUGCCACAGAGAAGAAGCAAACCAAGGUUGAAUUCCCUGAGGCACGUAUUUAUGAGGAAACUCUAAACGUCUUACUGUAUGAAACACCACGCGUUCCUGAUAACUCUCUGCUGGAAGCAACAAGCAGGAGCCGAAGCCAGGCCUCUCAUAGUGAGGAUGAUGAUGGCUUUGAACUUCGUGACCGAGUGCGCCGAAUCCAUGUGAAGAGAUACAGCACCUAUGAUGACCGUCAGCUUGGCCACUAGCGUGUCAGUCAAGGAGAAAGGGUUUGGUUUCAAGGCUUGUAUCAAUAUUCUUGGAGGGAGAUCAGGAAGUAUGGAGGGAUCACGUGGACUCUGUGGACUGAUUUUCAUUUGGCUUCUUGUCUCCCUAGAGAAGCAAAUGGGCAUUUGUGCACACAAAGCAACACUAAAGGCCAAGGGCUUUGAGAACUAAGAUGUUUGUUUUGCACCAUGUGCUUUAAAUACAGACUGGCCCCUUUUUCAUGUGACAUGAGAAAUGGAUUCCAAAACACUGUUUCUGACCAUUUGUGGUUGCUCUUUUAUAUCUAACAAUGUGCCGGGUAUCUUACUUCCUGUGGGAAGUACUGCUUUUUCUGAAUGAGAUGGAGUGAUUUUUCAAAUAUUUUUUCAGUUACCUAUCCUUUUAGGGUUUGGUAUAAUGGAACUUCCAGUUCUUAAAUCGAGAUACUGAAGAGGGGUGGAAAGAACUCAAACAUGACUAUUUCUACCAAAUGCUCCUGAAGGAAAUGGUUAGCUAUCCACUAGUCAGACGCACUGCGUGUGUGAUUUCUUCCACCUGUUUUUCCCCUAUGUACCUACAGUAAUUUGUGUUCCAGUGUAGCUGUAUUUAAAACUCAUUAAUUCUAAGGCAUGCUCUUCUGAAAAGUUAGAAGUCAAAUCAUCAAAAAAUCUCCCCUUGUGAAAAGUAAGGAAUAUCUGAAAAUUUAAAUAUAUAUGGAAUCACAUGUCAUGGGAGCUGGAAAAAUAGAUAUGGUGAAGGAAGAAAGUUUAUCAAAUAAGAAAACUUCAAGAAUAGAUUGUGGCAGGGUUGGCAUUGUUCAGGGCUUUGAUGGUGUGAUCCUGGUUAUGUAAACAAUGGCAGCCUGUGAAGUUAUGUGAUUUUUACAUUAGUUUCCUCCUGUGGCCCAGAAGUGUUGUUUGAUGUUAAAUUUCUCAAGCAACAGGGGAAAAAAAUGCAGUGGCUAGGGAAGAGCAGACUACAUAGUUGUAAUGCUAGAUAAUAUUAACGUACUGAGGAGUUAAAGUUUUGUGUUCUGAAUCACUUCUAGAGCAUAGAAGUUGAAGAAGAGAGAAGAAUCAUCAUAAAAACUUUGUUCUGGAAUGCAGGAGGCCUUGGACAGAGGGAAGAGAUGCUUUAUUCUGAGUGCAUGACUGGGUGCUACUUUUAGAGGACUGUUCAGAAGAUUGGAGUCCCAGCUGUUUUGCACACUGGGUCUCUAGAAAAAUUUGGUUUAAUAUGGAAAGUUGCUAAUGUCUUUUUAACUGUUUGAUUGUGUGUUUCAAAUGUAGGUUGCAGAUUUGAAUUUUACCACUGUCAUAAAUGGUUGUUACUUGAAGGUUGCUCAUUGACACCUACGGACGUGUGUCAGUGGCUCAGCGUGCUCUACCACUGCUUUUAUUUCUUUAUAUUUUAUGUGAAGGUGGAAGCCUCAGAUUCCACAAUGGUUAGUCUCGAACUCCUUUGACCAGUGCCAAAUUUACGUAAAGUUUUAAAGCAAAUUAAUUCAAAAGCCAAAUUAAUGAAGUAAAGUCAUAACUAAAAUUAAGAUAGAUGAUGGUUUGGUUGUAAUUAAAAAAGGGAAAGGAACAAAACAGUGAUUUCCACUCAGUUAGGCUUUUGAAAAUGAAACUGUUAAGGCUUUGUAAGAAGACACUAAUGGCUGCGAAAUUUGGGGGCUUUAUUGCCUAGCUGGGCCUCUAUAUGAAAGGCACUUACUUAAUUCUCACAUUCAGGAAGUAAUGUUGCCACAGUAAUGCACCUGCCUUUUUGUGAAAGGCCUCUUUAAAACUCUAGUAACUUCUUUUCUUUUUAUGUUGCUUUCUUCUAGUUGUUUCUCAGCUGUUUUUUCUAUUGUGCCAGGAAAAAUACAGCUGCUGAGAUUAGUUUUGACUAAAACUUUUGUUUUUUAAUCAUGAUAAAGCAUGAUGUAGAUUUUGUUUCUCUCUCUCUCAGUUGUUGAUUUUUCUCCACUGAUGGUAUUUAAAUUAAAUUGUGGUGGGUGCUUUGAAGCCACCAGCAGAGACUGUAGUGAUAUGGUCUUUUUGCUGUACUUGAUAGUUUCAGUUUAUUCUCGUAUGCUUUUUGGUUUUUUUCCACUGUGUAACAAGUAAGUCUGCCAUUUAAAAUUCCUGUGUAUGGCAUUUGUAUUUCUUGGCAAAUGAUUCCUCUUUUUUUUUUCAUGUUACUAUCAUAAUGAACGUUAGCAGAUUAAGUAAGUGACGCAGGUAGCUUUGCAAAACUGUUCAAAAGAAGUUAUAAGCAGAGAAAAAAAAACCUUUACACAUCUUUUCUCUGAGGAGGUCAGGUUUGGGGGAAAAAGUGUGAAAGAAGAUGAGUGUCAGAUCGGUCUGUUAGUUCAGGUAUUUCAGUUGGUGGUUCAAAUCUGUGCUCCCAAUAUUCCGUAAGAGGAUUGAUUCAAGUUGUGAAGUUCUUACUGUGCUGCAAGAAGCAGGAGGGGAGAAAAAAAAAAAAAAAAGCUUGUGCUUUGAUUUAGCUAGUUUUCUUUUCCCUGUAUCCCAAACCAACGAUUAGUUUUGUCUAUUUAAAAGACAGUUUUAAAACCAUGGUCUUGGCAUUUGUCCUGAUAAGAUUUUCACAGUGUGGCUGAGAGAUCCUAGGUGAAUAGCUGUGCUUGGAUUUCACUAACAGUCCUAUAGUUCCCUCCACUGGUGGACAGAUCAGGAAUUGGAAAACUUCAGGAAAUGCACUGUUAGGUGUGUUCUGUGUUCAGGUGUUAGGUGUGUUCUGCACACCACUAAAUGAUAGUACUGUUAGGGAUUCCCAUCCUAGGUACAGCUGCUGUACUCAUGUUUCUGAUUAGAAUCUGGAAUGCCCUGGGUUGUUUCUUACCUGACUGGUUGCAUAAUUGGGUAAUUCACAUGAAAGCUCAGUAAGUCUAAAUGUAGACAUGGAUGCUGCCAUCACUUACACGCUUCAUAGGUUAAACUUUUUUUUCUUGUGCAAGUUGUACAGACUACUUUAGUUUCCCUUAGGGAGAGUCCUGCUUAUCUGAAAUUGUUCCAAUGUGGAAUGUUAACUGUAUGUUCUUUCCACCAAAGUCAUGUCGUAUUGAUAGUACAAUCUGACUGCUAGGCUCUGAUUAUUUUUUUUAACACUGCAGUUUUGAUGUAACAUGUGCUUUGUAUUCUCAGCACAAUCUUGCUUUACGUAGGUAAAGUAUGUAAGUUUUGACAUACCAGGUUGUAGAAAUAUGUUCUAGUAUGUAUAACGGAAAAAAAAGCAGCACUGAGAAGGUUGAUGCAGCAUUGAAAUGCAGCAUUCACUUAAUUGCAGUAAGCUGACCCCUUUUAGAGCAAACAGCUGUGCUUCCUAAGAAUCUUCUCUGCUAGCUUUAAGUAUCACAAAUUAUCAUCCCUACAAGGAUGAUACAGAUUUCUAACGAUAUGCAUUUGUGUCUGCAAAUUAAGAGUAAUGGCUUCCUACAUAGAAUAUCAACAUUGGAUGCGUUUACUGAUGUGACUGAAUUUAAAGUAGCCAUUAGGAGGAAGAAGCACCUCUUAGCCUCAUUUGUAACCUUACUUUCUUCACUUCUGAAUUUAAGUGAACUUUUGUGCAUUCAAACAUUGUAUUAGCAGACUGAAAGAAUGAACAGAAAACAUUAACUGACAUUUAUACACAAGCAAUGUAAUAAAGUGUUACAUGUUUCUCUAAUGGGGUCCUAACAUAUUGAAAAUCAACCUCAGCUUUUCAGCAGAGAAGGAGCCUUGGUGCCUUGAGUGAAUGUCUUAUGUUAAACAGUUCUUCAGUAUUGGUGUUAAUUAGGCAAGAAUGUCAAAAGAGAGCUCUGCAGGGUAGCAGCCUCCAACUGCUUGAUAAAUGCCAAGGCAAAACUAAAUGCUUAACCUUCACUUUGACAUUUAGUUUUUGGAACAGAAGACAUUUAUCCUAUUGUAACAUUCCAGUGACUUCAUAUCUCUUGCAAUUUUUGGUUUAAAAAUUAAAAGAAAAAAAAACCUGACCCAAGCUUGGAGGGCAUUGGAGAGACCGAUAGUACGGUGUUUCUGAAAAGCUGCCUUCAGCCUGAAGUGGGCAGUGCUUUUAUUUUUAUAUUUUAAAUUUUCAGACAGAAUUCACUCUUAGAAAUCCUGGUGAAAUAUAAUUUAGACUAUAACCUGUGACAAUCCUUGAUGUUGAAUCUUUAUGGCCAGAUUUUGCAUCAUGUGUUCUGUUAGGACAACUGAGGUUCUAUUAAGAGAUGAGGGAACCUGACCUCCAUUUCCAGCUUUGCCCGUAACUUGGUGUCAUACAGCAAGUCAGUUCUUCUGUACGUGAAUUUUUCCUCAUCUGUAAUAAAAUGGGGGUAAGACCCUCCCCUACCUCAGAGGGAUGUUGAAACUUUUUUUUUUUGUUUCAUAACAAUAGAGCACUUUGGAUUUCCAUAUUUUGUAUCUGGAGAAUAGUAAAUGUGAUUGCUGUUUAAACUGACGUUCUGCCAUCAGGCUGUUUUCUUUUAACAUUAGGCUUAAUUUUGUUUUUGUCUAAUUUUAAAGGUCAGUCUUAUGAAUAAAAUAAUUAAUGCAGUUAACCAUACUAACUAUUGAAUAAGGUGUUUUCUCUGUUAUCAGCAAGGUAAAUGGAAAGCCAGUUUUUAAUAAAGCAUUAUAUUUAA